AUGACCGAGGUUUAUCUUCUCUUCUAUCAGUCGGCAUUGCAGAUUUUCAUUAGUCUUAAUCUGUUUCUUCAAAAGCAAGAUCCGUUAAUUGGCUCCGUUAGUUAUUCAUUAAAGAGAUUUUUGCGACUCCUUGCAUGUAAGUUUAUUCCUCCUCAAACUGUGAAGGCAACGUCGAAUUUCAAGGAGCUUUUCGAUGUCGAGAAACAUAAAAAUGGUAAUUGCUAUAGUUCCUAGAUAUAUUGUGUUUUUGUUUGUCCUUAAAAAACAUGGUUUGUGCGGCAAGUCUUAAGAAUUAAGCACAUGUUGUUACAAAUAUGCGUAAAACACUAGAAAGUUUAAUUUUAAAACUAUUUAUUUUAGAUUCCUCUGUUGAUAUUGGAUUAGUAACAAGAACCACAUUAAAUAACCUUAUAGAAUUUGGAGAUGCGAGUACAUACGAACAGAAGAUGUUCUACGAAGGAGCGAAAGCGUUUUUCCUCACAGCCUUUAAAUACGGUGUAGACCGUAUGCCAGUAGAUGAUCCUGUGCUCCAAAACCCAAAACGCUGA